GACCAGGUCGCUGCUGGACGUUAGUUUUCCCGUUCGCCAGGUUUUGACUUUAUGCCGAGUCGGUGUAGUGACUGUGGAACGUGUCCGGCUCGCGCUCUGCGCAUGUGUCACUGUUAGAAAUGUUCAGGAUGGAGACACGGACAUUCGCGCUGUUCGCAGCCUCACAACUCCUCGUCCUCGUCGCGGUCACAGCGCAACACACCGACACCUCGGAUUUAGUCAGCUGUGUGCAAGGUGGACAGCUGUAUAAUGACAAAGAUGUGUGGAAGCCAGAGCCAUGUAGAAUCUGUGUGUGUGACAGUGGGAAUAUCCUCUGCGACGAAAUCCUCUGCGAGGAGCUUAAAGAUUGCCUUAACCCCGAGAUACCCUUCGGAGAAUGCUGUCCUGUCUGUCCCAGCGAGCGAAUCCUGACCAGCGGGCAAGGUGUUCAGGGGCAGAAAGGUGAACCCGGGGACAUUAAAGAUGUUGUUGGACCACGAGGACCUCCAGGCCCACAGGGGCCACUGGGAGAGCAGGGACUAAGGGGAUCACGUGGCGACAAAGGCGAAAGAGGAGCAACUGGCCCUCGUGGUAGAGAUGGUGAACCCGGAACUCCAGGCAACCCCGGCUCGGCCGGCCCCCCAGGCCCACCAGGCCCCCCAGGCCUUGGCGGAAACUUUGCUGCUCAGAUGGCACGAGGAUUUGAUGAGAAAGCAGGAGGUGCGCAGUUGGGUGUGAUGCAAGGACCAAUGGGCCCCAUGGGACCUCGAGGACCUCCAGGACCCACAGGAGCUCCCGGCCCCCAAGGAUUUCAAGGCUCCCCUGGAGAACCUGGAGAAUCUGGUGCUGCUGGACCAAUGGGACCUCGGGGCCCUCCGGGGCCCUCUGGGAAGCCAGGUGAUGAUGGUGAUGCUGGCAAACCUGGCAAAUCAGGCGAGCGCGGACCUCCCGGACCCCAGGGGGCCCGAGGAUUCCCAGGAACCCCAGGACUUCCAGGUGUCAAAGGUCACAGGGGUUACCCCGGUCUGGAUGGUGCUCGAGGAGAGGCUGGGGCAGCUGGAGCAAAGGGUGAAGCUGGUGCGUCUGGGGAGAGUGGAGCUCCGGGUCCAAUGGGUCCCCGGGGGUUGCCUGGUGAGAGAGGUCGGCCCGGAGCCCCAGGCUCAGCUGGUGCACGUGGUAAUGAUGGUCUGCCUGGCCCAGCUGGUCCUCCUGGACCCGUUGGCCCAUCUGGUGCUCCAGGCUUCCCAGGAGCUCCGGGUUCAAAGGGAGAAGCUGGUCCCACAGGGGCUCGUGGUCCAGAAGGUGCUCAAGGAUCGAGAGGCGAGUCGGGCAGCCCAGGCUCACCUGGUCCUGCUGGUGCCCCUGGUAACCCUGGCACUGACGGGAUUCCUGGGGCCAAAGGCUCUACUGGCGCCCCUGGCAUCGCUGGAGCUCCUGGAUUCCCUGGCCCUCGGGGUCCCCCAGGCCCACAGGGAGCAACAGGCCCACUCGGCCCGAAAGGUCUCCAGGGUGAUCCUGGCGCUACAGGAUUCAAGGGAGAAGCUGGGCCGAAAGGAGAGACUGGACGGAUUGGGCCUCAGGGAGCCCCGGGACCUGCUGGCGAGGAGGGUAAGAGGGGACCUCGCGGAGAACCUGGAGCAGCCGGACCCCACGGCCCCCCCGGAGAGAGAGGGCCGCCCGGUAACCGUGGAUUCCCAGGUCAGGAUGGUUUAGCUGGUCCUAAGGGAGCCCCCGGGGAGCGUGGAGCACCUGGUAUCAGCGGCCCCAAAGGUACAACAGGUGACCCUGGGCGUCCCGGAGAGCCAGGCCUGCCUGGUGCCAGAGGUUUGACUGGUCGCCCUGGAGAUGCCGGACCUCAGGGCAAAGUUGGUGCGUCUGGAGCUCCAGGUGAGGAUGGACGUCCCGGGCCCCCCGGCCCCCAAGGAGCCAGAGGCCAACCCGGAGUCAUGGGAUUCCCAGGACCAAAGGGCGCGACAGGCCAGGCUGGCAAAGCUGGUGAGAAAGGUCUCCUUGGAGCUCCAGGACUCAGAGGGUUACCGGGUAAAGACGGUGAGACAGGAGCACAGGGACCACCAGGACCAUCUGGACUGGCUGGUGAGAGAGGAGAACAAGGCCCCCCGGGCCCCCCCGGGUUCCAGGGCCUGCCCGGACCCCCCGGCCCCCCAGGUGAAGGUGGCAAACCUGGUGACCAGGGUAUCCCCGGUGAGGCCGGAGCCGCUGGUCUGACUGGUCCUCGGGGAGAGCGCGGCUUCCCAGGUGAACGUGGAUCUCCGGGGCCUCAGGGUCUCCAGGGGCCUCGCGGGCUCCCAGGGACCCCUGGUGCUGACGGCCCGAAGGGAGCAGGUGGAUCUCCAGGCCCUAACGGAGCACAGGGUCCCCCCGGGCUGCAGGGAAUGCCGGGCGAGCGAGGCACAGCUGGGAUCCCAGGAGCGAAGGGCGACCGGGGCGACUCUGGUGGGAAAGGACCUGAGGGGGCACCGGGCAAAGAUGGCGCAAGAGGUUUGACCGGCCCCAUUGGACCCCCCGGUCCCGCCGGCCCCAAUGGUGAGAAGGGUGAAACAGGACCUCGGGGCCCGACCGGCGCUGCUGGUUCCCGCGGAGCUCCCGGAGAUCGAGGCGAGACCGGCCCCCCUGGCCCCGCUGGCUUUGCUGGAGCCCCUGGUGCCGACGGGCAACCGGGAGCCAAGGGUGAGCCAGGGGCCACGGGACAGAAGGGCGACGCUGGGGCCCCGGGGCCACAGGGCCCCUCGGGAGCUCCCGGACCACAGGGACCGACUGGUGUGACUGGGCCUAAAGGAGCUCGCGGAGCCCAAGGACCUGCGGGAGCCACUGGUUUCCCAGGAGCCGCAGGCAGGGUGGGGCCCCCGGGCCCCAAUGGAAAUCCAGGGCCAGUUGGUCCUCCCGGUUCUCCCGGCAAGGAUGGCCCGAAAGGCUUGCGUGGUGACCCCGGGACCGCGGGAAGAACUGGUGACCCCGGGCUACAGGGCCCGGCCGGCGCUCCCGGUGAGAAAGGAGAAUCCGGUGAAGAUGGUCCUCCUGGUCCUGAUGGUCCUUCAGGUCCCCAGGGCUUGUCUGGGCAGCGAGGUAUUGUGGGGCUUCCUGGUCAGCGAGGAGAGAGAGGCUUCCCCGGCCUCCCAGGACCCUCGGGUGAACCCGGCAAACAAGGAGCUUCUGGUGGUGCCGGAGAUCGGGGUCCUCCUGGGCCUGUCGGACCCCCUGGCCUCACCGGCCCCUCCGGCGAACCUGGACGUGAGGGGAACCCUGGUGCUGACGGACCUCCAGGUCGUGAUGGAUCCACUGGGAUGAAGGGCGAUCGAGGUGCGACAGGUCCAGCUGGUGCCCCCGGUGCCCCUGGUGCUCCCGGCUCCCCAGGACCUGUUGGGCCAACUGGCAAACAAGGGAAUAGAGGAGAAUCUGGAGCUCAAGGUCCAAUGGGUCCCCCUGGACCGGCAGGUGCCCGGGGAAUGCCUGGUCCUCAAGGUCCUCGUGGUGACAAGGGUGAAGCUGGCGAGACUGGUGAGAGAGGUCAGAAAGGUCAUCGAGGCUUCACUGGGCUGCAGGGCCUGCCCGGACCUCCUGGCACGGCUGGUGACCAAGGUGCAGUUGGUGCUGCAGGUCCGAGUGGUCCCAGAGGUCCUCCUGGUCCAGUUGGCCCGUCUGGUAAAGAUGGCUCUAAUGGUCUCCCUGGUCCUAUUGGCCCACCGGGUCCUCGAGGUCGUGGUGGUGAAGCUGGUCCAUCUGGGCCCCCUGGUAACUCAGGUCCUCCCGGACCUCCUGGGCCUCCUGGUCCAGGCAUCGACAUGUCGGCCUUCGCUGGCCUCUCCCAGCCUGAGAAAGCUCCCGAUCCCUUGCGGUACUUCCGAGGUGACCAGGCGUCUCCAUCCCUUCGCCCUCACGACGCUGAGGUCGAUGCCACUCUCAAAUCCCUGAACAACCAGAUCCAGAACAUCCGCAGCCCAGAGGGCAGCAAGAAGAACCCAGCCCGUACCUGCCGCGACCUGAAGCUUUGCCACGCAGACUGGAAGAGCGGUGAUUACUGGAUCGAUCCUAACCAGGGCUGCAGUCUGGAUGCCAUUAAGGUUUUCUGUAACAUGGAAAGUGGCGAGACCUGUGUCUAUCCCAACCCCUCAAGUAUCCCACGUAAGAACUGGUGGACCAGCAAGGGCAAGGACAGGAAACAUGUCUGGUUCGGUGAGACUAUGAACGGCGGCUUCCAUUUCAGCUAUGGUGACGACAGCCUUGCCCCCAACACUGCUGCCAUCCAGAUGACUUUCCUGCGUCUCCUGUCCACUGAAGCCUCCCAAAACAUCACCUACCACUGCAAGAACAGCAUCGGCUACAUGGACAGAGCCACCGGCAACCUGAAGAAAGCCCUCUUGUUGCAAGGCUCCAAUGACAUUGAAAUCAGAGCAGAAGGAAACAGCAGGUUCACGUACACGGUUUUGGAAGAUGGUUGCACGAAACACACUGGCAAGUGGGGGAAGACAGUCAUUGAAUACAGGUCACAGAAAACAACUCGUCUGCCCAUUGUAGAUUUCGCACCGUUGGAUAUUGGUGGUUCAGAUCAGGAAUUUGGUGUUGACAUUGGCGCAGUCUGCUUCUUGUAAAAUAAUAAGGACCUGAGUACUUUCCAAUCACUCCUAGGACUUCUGCACUGAAUGGCUGAUUCAAUCCAUCACUCCAUUCAUCCACAC